CUCAAAUUAUGCUCCCCGUGUCUUCUCUCCACUUACUCGUCUAAAUUUCAUUAUUUUUUUUCACUUAUUCCAAUCAUUUUUUAGAAUAACCUUUUUCGGCAACUUUUCUUGUUUCUUAUCGGCAAAAAGUCUGGAAUUUUUUUUACACUUUUUAAGCCAUUAAGUUUUGAUCAAUCAAGUGAGCUUUUAAACAAUCAAGCAUUGAUCUUUUUGUGUUUUUUUGGGAAAAAUAGUGAACUCUUAGAGGUGGGAUUUUGUUAUUUUUUCUGAUGGGUACUUCUGUUACUCAGUACCCAUAUGGAAUUACUUCACUUUCUUAUGUAGAAUUUGGUCACAAAUUGGAGUUUUCAAGCUCUAAUUUUCCUUAUAAGGUGGAAUUAUCAAGAUUAAACUUGCAUCCUAGUUCUGUUUCCACCACUAACUCCAAGGUGUGUGUUAGACGAAUAUGUGCUUUACCUGAUAUCGAUGAUAUAUUUUCUGAUCUUAUUGCUACACCACUACUUGAUGUGGUUGAAAAUCCUAUCCACUUGAAGAAUUUAACCAUUAAGGAACUGAAACUAUUAGCUAGUGAAAUACGAUCUGAGUUGUCUUCCAUAAUGUCAAAGACACAAAAUGACUUUAAGGCCAGUUUGGCAGUGGUUGAACUGACAGUUGCAAUACACCAUGUUUUUCAUGCUCCAGUGGACAAGAUACUGUGGGACGUUGGGGAACAAACAUAUGCACAUAAAAUUCUCACUGGAAGGAGAUCUCUUAUGCAUACGCUAAGACAAAAGGAUGGUCUUUCUGGAUUUACAUCCCGGUCUGAGAGUGAAUAUGACCCGUUUGGAGCAGGACAUGGAUGCAACAGUAUUUCUGCUGGAAUUGGCAUGGCAAUUGCUCGUGAUAUUAAAGGGAAGCGGGAACGUAUUGUUACAGUCAUUGGCAAUGGCACAACCAUGGCUGGUCAGGUCUAUGAAGCAAUGGGUAAUGCAGGCUAUUUGAACUCAAAUAUGAUUGUGAUUUUAAAUGACAGCCGACACUCUUUACACCCCAAGAUUGAAGAGGGCUCCAAGACUUCAAUCACUGCCCUUUCUAGUACCCUAAGCAAGCUCCAGUCAAGUAAAUCAUUCCGGAGGCUCAGAGAAGUUGCAAAGGGUGUUACCAAGAGGAUAGGCAUGCAUGAAUUAGCAGCUAAAGUUGAUGAGUAUGCACGUGGUAUGAUGGGUCCUCUGGGUUCAACUCUCUUCGAAGAACUUGGAUUGUACUACAUAGGCCCUGUUGAUGGGCACAAUAUUGGAGAAUUGGUUUGUGUUUUACAAGAAGUGUCAUCUCUGGAUUCAAUGGGUCCUGUCUUGAUACAUGUAAUAACUGAAGAAAAUCAGUGUACAGAAUAUAAACAACCUAGUGAGGCAAUGGAGAACCUGCAGGAAGGUUCAUUUGAUUCCAAUGGAUCGCUAUAUAGUAUGCAUGCUCGAACAUACAGUGAUUGUUUUGUUGAGGCUCUGAUAGUGGAAGCAGAGAAAGACAAAGAUAUUGUGAUUGUUCAUGCAGGAAUGGAAAUGGAUCCAUCAUUUCAACUAUUUCGGGAAAGAUUUCCAGACAGGUUUUUUGACUUGGGAAUGGCUGAGCAACAUGCAGUUACAUUUUCAGCUGGCUUGUCAUGCGGGGGGUUAAAGCCAUUUUGCAUAAUUCCUUCUGCUUUUAUGCAAAGAGCUUAUGAUCAGGUAGUCCAUGAUGUAGAUAGGCAGAGAAUUCCAGUUCGUUUUGUUAUUACAAGUGCGGGACUGGUAGGAUCUGAUGGUCCGACUAUGUGUGGAGCAUUCGAUAUAACAUUCAUGUCAUGCUUACCAAACAUGAUCGUUAUGGCACCAUCAGACGAGGAUGAGCUUGUGGACAUGGUGGCUACUGCAGUCCAUACUGAUGAUCACCCCAUUUGCUUUCGGUAUCCAAGGGGUGCCAUUGUUGGAACUGAUCAUUAUACACGUAGUGGUAUUCCCAUUGAGAUUGGAAAAGGAAAAAUUCUUAUAGAGGGUAAAGAUGUUGCUUUGCUUGGGUAUGGAGAAAUGGUUCAGAACUGCCUCAGAGCUCGGGCCCUUCUUUCGAAACUUGGCAUUGAGGUAACUGUUGCUGAUGCAAGAUUUUGCAAACCACUGGACAUGAAGCUUCUCAGACAGUUGUGUGAAAACCAUGCCUUUCUGGUCACAGUUGAGGAAGGUUCUAUUGGAGGAUUUGGAUCCCAUGUUUCACAGUUCAUUGCCCUUGAUGGACAGCUUGAUGGAAGAACUAAGUGGCGACCAAUUGUUUUACCAGACAAAUACAUCGAACAUGCGUUGCCAAAGGAACAGCUUGCUCUUGCUGGGCUGACUGGACAUCAUAUCGCUGCAACAGUGCUGAGACUGCUUGGUCGCACCCGCGAAGCUCUGCUCUUGAUGUGCUAAAAAUCUUCUCUCUCCUUCACUAUCAGAAGCAAUGCUCUUGCCGAACCUGCCUCGGAAAAGAGGGCUGAAAACAGAAGAAGCCCAGGAUGACUUCAAGUAUACACAGGUCUUUAUACUGAUAUUCUGUAACCUGCUUGGCGUAAUUUCUUGUUAGUUUACAGGUUAUUGACGUAAAAUUAGAUUUUUGAUUGUAUAAACCGACGGGUGAAAAUAUAUGCUUGUAACCUUCAGAGCAGCUGUCACUGCAUUUAUCUUGAUCCUGGUUCUCUCUCCUCCA